GCGGACCUUUUUGGAUAGAUAAUCCAAGUCGAGAGUGGAGUUACGGAAAGAGCCGUCUGAUGGAAAACGACUUUCACCUUCGGUUCAGAGAGCACUUUUUUCGUUGAUCAUUCCUCCUUCCCUUUCGUGUUCAUUCCCCAGCGGCGAAUUCGAAACUUGUGGGGCCCUAUCUAUUCCAUCUCUCAAGCCCCGAAGAAACCCCCCCCUCCCAUCUGGACCUUUGUUUUUGACUCUAUAUAUGUGGGCACCUGAUAUCUAUGAGGGUUCACCCACCCCGGUUACAGCAUUCCUUUCUAUUGCGCCUAAAAUCUCUAUUUUUGCUAAUAUUUCACGUCUUUCUAUUUAUGGUUCCUAUGGAGCUACAUUGCAAGAAAUCUUCUUUUUCUGCAGCAUUGCUUCUAUGAUCUUAGGAGCACUGGCCGCCAUGGCCCAAACGAAAGUCAAAAGACCUCUAGCUCAUAGUUCAAUUGGACAUGUAGGUUAUAUUCGUACAGGUUUCUCAUGUGGAACCAUAGAAGGAAUUCAAUCACUACUAAUUGGUAUCUUGAUUUAUGUAUUAAUGACGAUAGAUGCAUUCGCCAUAGUUUUAGCAUUACGGCAAACCCGUGUCAAAUAUAUAGCGGAUUUGGGCGCUCUAGCCAAAACGAAUCCUAUUUCGGCUAUUACCUUCUCCAUUACUAUGUUCUCAUACGCAGGAAUACCCCCGUUAGCCGGUUUUUGUAGCAAAUUCUAUUUGUUUUUCGCCGCUUUGGGUUGUGGGGCUUACUUCCUAGCCCCAGUGGGAGUAGUGACUAGCGUUAUAGGUCGUUGGGCGGCCGGAAGGUUGCCACGAGUCAGUCUGUUUGGGAGACCGAAGGCAGUUCUCCGUGCACCGGACACGUAG